AGGACACAGUCAUAGUCGGUCAAUUGGCGGUAUUGGAAUAGCAGGCACUGGGGGCUUUACCCCUGUGGAUCAGACUGCCCCACCUUCGAGCGCUGGUACGGCGCCAUCUGGUAAUGGUGCUGGUGCUUUUGGAAGCUUCGGUGUGCCGCUUGGUUCAGCUGGGUGGAGGAGGCGCGGUUAGUAUAAGAAGGAUACUGAGACAUACAAGGUGUAGAUGUAAAAUAAUUGAAUUACCACCAAGUGUUCUUCUAGUGUACAUCAUAACUGAUCAUGCAAUUCCAACCGACCUCUAUGUAUUCAGACUAGCGAAUACUUCGUGUACCACUAGCUAUUUAUUCGAAGUUCUACUUCCCCUUCCUAGAUCAUACUUCAGAGCGCAUAUCUAUUUUUCCAGCCAAGUUCAAAAUAAAACUUUAUGUUCAUCAGACUGCUUGUCUCUUCCUCCUUGCAAUCCCAACUAAGCAACCUCUAUCUGUCUGUGAACUACAACGUAGUUAGUGAGUGGACAUAUCCUAG